AUUGUCCCUAAUGAAUUAGAUGAUGAUUAGACAGAUAAUAGAUCAUUUAUAUUUUUCAGUAGUCUGCAAUAAAAGUCUGCACAUAGCAAAAUCUAUCUAUAACAUGGAAGAUGAAGCAAACAAACCAGCAUGUAAGAUAAUUGAAAAAUUUGACAAAUACUAAACAAAAAAUCAAGAUUUCGUGAUGGGAUUUAAUAAUAGGACUAAGAGAGACAUGCCAACUACUAUCAGUGGUUUGAUAGUGAUAUGUGCACUGCCAAUCAUUUUAAACAUGACCUAUGGACAGGAAUUAGACCCUUUCAGUGAACAUACACAUGAACACUUUAAUGAGUCUGUCAAUGAAACUGAUUAUGGCCCAGUUUAUACAUAUGAGCCUUAUGUCACUUAUGGACCAAGUAAGAAUGAAAACAGAGAGGGUCCAAUGCCAACCAAAGAGACGACAUACCAGCCUAUUGUCACAAGUGGACUAAGUAGGGAUGAAAACAGUGAGACUCCAAUGCCAACCAAAGAGACGACAUACCAGCCUAUUGUCACAAGUGGACUAAGUAGGGAUGAAAACAGUGAGGCUCCAAUGCCAACCAAAGAGACGACAUACCAGCCUGAUGUCACAAGUGGACUAAGUAGGGAUGAAAACAGUGAGGCUCCAAUGCCAACCAAAGAGACGACAUACCAGCCUGAUGUCACAAGUGGACUAAGUAGGGAUGAAAACAGUGAGGCUCCAAUGCCAACCAAAGAGACGACAUACCAGCCUGAUGUCACAAGUGGACUGAGUAGGGAUGAAAACAGUGAGGCUCCAAUGCCAACCAAAGAGACGACAUACCAGCCUGAUGUCACAAGUGGACUGAGUAGGGAUGAAAACAGUGAGGCUCCAAUGCCAACCAAAGAGACGACAUACCAGCCUGAUGUCACAAGUGGACUAAGUAGGGAUGAAAACAGUGAGGCUCCAAUGCCAACCAAAGAGACGACAUACCAGCCUGAUGUCACAAGUGGACUAAGUAGGGAUGAAAACAGUGAGGCUCCAAUGCCAACCAAAGAGACGACAUACCAGCCUAUUGUCACAAGUGGACUGAGUAGGGAUGAAAACAGUGAGGCUCCAAUGACAACUAAGAAGACAACACACCAGAAUGGGCCCAAAUGUGUCUCCGAAUCAUACCAACCAGAGGAACCACAAUGUAAUAACAAGACAUUUACAAGAAAAUACCAUGCUUACACAUGUGAUGGACGCUGUGAUGAUCCUAACAUCAAUGUUAGAAAUGGUCCGUAUUGUUCCUGCCAUCGAUUGUGUCUAAUAUCAAAGGACUGUUGUGUUGACUUUCAAACAUUUUGCUGGGAAGCUUACAAAACAGGUGAACAAAUGAGAGAAACAAUUGAGGCUUCAGAAUCUUUUGUUGGACCAGAGUGUACACACUUAUUGGAAGCACGUCAUACAGAAUCUUAUUGGAUAGUGAAAAAGUGUCCUAAAGGGUAUCCUAACCCUGCAAUAAAGUUCAAAUGUGAGGGACCAAUAACUGAAUUUACUCAGAUAGUACCUGUAGCAUCCAAAGCAACAGGUUUAAGCUAUAAAAAUUACUACUGUGCACAAUGCAACAACCUCACUGACAUUAUUCCAUGGGGUCUUAAUGUUACAUGUAAAGAUGUAUGGGAAGGCUCCAUAGAUUCCCCACAAACUCUAGUAAGAUAUGUAACCAAAGGAGACUGUCAACUUACCUACAUGUCUCAUAUUGGACACAGGUGUCUUAUGAUCUCUCAACAGAUGGCAAUCCAACCUCCCAGUUGUCAUGGAAACUGGCUGGGCUGUUCUGAGAAACAUGUUCAUCUUUGUGAAAAUGGAUUUCAAAUGCCAAUCAGUGUAUCUUUCUGGGGUUUGACAGGGUUCAAGAAUAUUCAUUGCGUGAUAUGUAGACUUGGUUCCCUACCUAGUUUAAGAGAUAUACAUUGCAGCGUGUUCUUUCUACCAGGGGAUGGAGGAGGGCCAACAUUAGGAAAGUUCUCAUUUGGUAUCUUGGUUGACUUUGAUCCAACAGGGGGUAGCAAUGUUGGUUUUGAUUUCAAAGAUUCCUCAAAAGUCUUUGGGUGUAAAAUGAACACACCAGAGUCAUCAGAAUGUAUGUCAUAUUGUCCUGAUGGGUAUGACUACAUCAAUGGCCAAUGUGUUUUCAGAUAUCAACUGUUACCCAUGGAAGUGUCUGGCAAGUGGUAUUCACCAGGUUUAAAAUGGUAUCUUGAUUCACAUCUAAGGCAAUUUCCAUUUUCAAAGGAUCCAAAAAGCGACAUUGUAGCCUUCUUGUCUGAUAUGCUUGAUAAGGAAUUCAUUGUGGAUAAAAUUCAAAUAAGUUUUCCAACAAUUGAUGUCAUUAAAUGGAAUGAUGCAAAUCAAAUGGUUCAUUUUAAAUGUGUUGGCAAAUACAAACUGAAGGCUAACAACAUGCUUAGUAAAGCAGAAAUUCAUGCCAAUCUAUUCAAUGUCUUUGUCAACCAUGUAAAACACUAUCCUAGGAACCCUGAGUUGAAUCUAUAUCUUUUGACAAUGUGUUUCAAAAUGUUUCAAAGAGAAUCGUGUUGGAACUAUGGUAGAAUAAACCAUUAUGGGGAAG